UACGGUCAUUCCGCUCCCGAAACUAUGGCUGGACGAUUUUUCUGUAUGGUAUUUGCACUUGCUGGGAUCCCUUUGGGUUUGAUAAUGUUCCAAUCAAUUGGUGAGCGCGUCAACACAUGCAUAGCCUUCUGCUUGCACCAGUUACAGUCUCAUCUUCAUAAACGUGGUUUCAACUGCAUGCGAGAAGUUGCAACAAAGCAUCUGCUCAUGGUUUCAUUUUCCAUUGGUACAAGCAUCAUCAUAAUUGGUACGGUAGUUUUUCAUAAGGAAGAACGGUGGACACUAUUCGAUGCCUAUUACUAUUGCUUCAUUACACCAUUGCUUAUGGUUGUUACUACUGCAGUAUCUACAAUCGGUUUCGGAGACUUGGUACCUCUGCAGCAAGGAUCGGCACUGCAACUUCGUCCAUUUUACGUAGUCUUCACGCUGCUAUUUGUGCUUCUUGGCCUCGCUGUUUUUUCCGCUUGUGUCAAUCUACUGGUCCUCGGGUAA